AUGCCUUCAAAACUAGAACCGCAUUCUCAUAGGAGUACUACCAAGGUGGUUCACAAGCCUUUCAAGUCUAGGAAGGCAACAAAGGGUUUUUUGAAAGAAAUCAAAAAAGGGAAAAUGGACGAUCUUAGCCAUCGGAAGACACCUCAUCAGCUAGUUAUGUCAAAACUCGACCGUCGAAACCAUAAUAAACAAAAACAAUUGGCCAAGCAUAGAGAACACCUAAAAGAAGCGAGCAUAUUUUCUGGUAGAAAUGGAGUGCCACGUAUCGUAGCAAUCAUUCCGCUAAGCUCCAACGUUAGUGCAGCGGCAGCAGCUCGAUCUCUGAGCCAAAGCCUUGACAUUACCUGCGAAGUCCCAGAAGAGGGGCAAAUUCAAAUUGAUAUUGAUCGUUUUAAGCAGAAGGUGCAAUUUGUUUUGGUCGCAGCCGAGCUUAUGGCAUGCCUAGAUGCAGGAAGAGUUGCAGACUUUGUCAUAUUCAUACUGUCAGCAGAACAGGAAGUAAAUGAAGAAGGAGAGAAUAUCAUUCGUAGUGUGGAAAGCCAAGGAAUAUCUACGCUUCUGACUACAGUCCAAGGGCUCGACAACAUUGAGCCUCCAAAAAAGAGAGUUGGCGUUUUGAGCUCCCUUAAAUCCUUUAUAAAGCAUUUCCAUCCCGAACAAGAAAAAGUUCAUAACUUGAAUUCAAGGCAAGAAUGCGCAAACCUUAUGAGGUCAAUUUGUACGACUUCACCCAAAGGAGUACGAUGGCGAGAUGAACGAAGCUGGAUGCUAGUUGAUGAAGUUAAAUGGCCAGCGACUCCACAAGAAAGUGUUGCAUUAACUGGCACUAUAAGAGGGAAAGGAUUAAAGGCAGACAGACUAAUCCAAGUUGGAGAGUGGGGGGAUUAUCAAAUUGAGAAAAUUGUUGCAGCUCCUUUAAAUUCUUCCGGAAAAAGAUCUAGCGAUUCGACGGACGCAUCUACAGCUGAAAUCAUUUUGGAAAUACCAGGAGAUGAUCAAGAUGACCUAGCCGAACUAGCCCUCGAAGAGACUAUCAUGCAAGAUGUAACGGAAAACAGUGGAUCAUUUGAAACAACCCAAAAACGUGGUGUCCUACUAGACGAUCACCAUUAUUUCUCUGAUGAAGAGAAGCACAACCUCACAGUACCAAAGAGGCUACCUAAGGGUACAUCCGCAUAUCAAGCUGCAUGGUACUUGGGGGACGAGAUUUCAGAUUCCGAUUCAGACAUCGACGAGACUGAUGAGCAGGAUACUGAAAUGGAAAUUACACCACUACCUCAAGAUGGAACCGAAGGCCUUGCUAGGCCAGAACCAACCGAGAUAGACCCGACAACGUAUGCACAAUCAGAGAUCUUCCUGGAUCCUAAUCUAGAUGAUGAACACGAAGCAGAGCAACUGGCUGCAUUUAGACGUCGACAUCAUGAUGAAGCUGAAGACGAUCGUGAAUUCCCUGAUGAGAUAGAGCUGCAUCCACAAGUGCUAGCACGAGAAAGAUUAGCUCGGUAUCGAGGACUAAAGAGUCUUCGGUCUAGUCCAUGGGAAGAAAGUGAGGAUCGAGCACAUGAGCCUGAAGAGUGGAAGAGGCUCCUUCAAGUACCAAAUUACAAGUCAGCAAGGAGUCGAGCUACCCGAGAGGCUCUAGUAGGUGGCGUUGCUCCCGGAACAAGAGUUCAUAUAUAUCUGAAAAAUGUACCUCUCUCUUUAAAAACUCUUUACGACAGUUCGCGACCAUUAAAUCUCUUUUCAUUGCUCCGUCAUGAACAUAAAAGGGCGGUUCUCAACUUCAAUAUUAACCUAAGCUCUGACUACCCAGAGCCCAUCAAGUCUAAAACCGAGUUAGUACUACAGUGUGGGCCACGUCGUUUCGUGAUUAAUCCGCUUUUUUCUCAAGGAGGCCACACUAGCAAUGAUGUUCAUAAAUUUGACCGUUAUCUCCACCCAGGAACGUCAGCUGUGGCUACUUUCAUUGCACCAUUAAUCUGGGGAUCUGUCCCUACCCUUGUUUUCAAACGCACCAAUCAACCACAAGAAAUUACGGACAAAAGUAAAAAUUCUAUAAUCCCUCUAACGCUUAUAGCAACAGGAACAUCUCUUCCUCCAUCCUCAACAAGGGUAAUUGCUAAGCGCGUUAUUCUGACUGGCCACCCAUACAAAAUCCAUAAAAAGUUGGUCACAAUUCGAUACAUGUUUUUCAACCGUGAAGACGUCGAAUGGUUCAAGGCACUACAAUUAUGGACUAAAAGGGGAAGAAGUGGCUACAUCAAGGAGAGCCUGGGUACGCACGGAUAUUUUAAGGCUACUUUUGAUGCGAAAAUUAAUCCCCAAGAUUCCGUUGGUGUCAGUUUGUACAAACGUGUAUGGCCGAGAUCAUCCCGGACCUGGAAUGAUCUACAAGAAGAGAUAAUUGCUAAUGAAGUAGACGAUAUCAUCAUGGGCUCUUGA